CUACUCUUCAAUUGUAUAGAAUUCUAGGUGGCUGGUGAGGUGCGGCAAUGGCUGCUGUUUAUUCUGGCAUUUCCCUUAAGCUUAAAAGCAAGAGAACUUCCUGGGAAGAUAAACUAAAGCUAGCGCACUUUGCUUGGAUUUCUCACCAGUGCAUUCUUCCAAACAAAGAGCAAGUAUUACUUGAUUGGGCCAGCCAGUCAUUAGUCUCAUUUUAUAAGAAGAAACUUGAACUGAAGGAGGACAUUGUUGAAAGGCUCUGGGUCUAUGUAGAUAACAUUCUGCACAGCAAAAAACUGCAGCACCUCCUCAAGAAUGGAAAGACCAUUACCCUCCAGGUCUCCCUGGUCAAGGUCAUCAACGAGAGAAUCGCCGAGUUCUCCCUUUCGGGAUCCCAGAGGCACGUCGGCGCCGUGCUCAGCUGCUGCCAGGGCGUCCUGUCCACGCCGGCCCUCCCGGUCAUCUACGCGGCCCGGCAGGAGCUGCUGUCGUCGGGGGCCCUCACGGGCGAGGCCCCGGAGAGCUCAGGCCUCCCUCCAUUGCUCCCAGGCGUGGAAGCGCGCAGCUGGAGGAAGAUCAAAAAGGCCGCGGCCCGGUUCGACUCCGUGGGCAGGUACUGCCUAGAGCAGCUCCACCUGCAGAAGAUGAAGAGGACUUUAGUGCAGACGGGUUCCCAGUCCGAAGAGGCCCUCCAGGCCCUGAGGGCCGAUGCCGCCUACAUCCUGGGUUCCGGCCGGGAGAGCUUGGCCCGGGGGACGGCGGCUCCCUGGGAUGGGCAGGUGGGGACGGUGAGUGCGGACACGUACCCCGUCGCACACUGGCACCUGGUGGUGUCCAACCUCACCAUCUUAGUACCCUACCUCGGGCCGGGUGACGUGCGGUACCUGGCCGGUGUCCUGCUGAGGACGUUGCCCGGGAACGGGCUCCGCCAGCAGCUGCCCUGGCUCUUCGAGGAGGACCCCGUGGACGCGGCUCCUUGGGAAACCAGAUUGGCCAAAGUGGGACCCGAAGGGACAGAACCCAGAGGGGAAGUCGCCCAGAACUUGCUCUCCUUGGUCCAGGGCGGCUUCCCCGUCCGGUUGGAGGAGGAGCCGCUGGGGCGCCUCCUGGGGCUGCUGGAGGUCGUGUCCGCCCUGCAGCUGGACAGCCUGGGGGCCCCCUGCCACACGCACUACUUCCUCCUGCUGCUGUCGGCGGCCCUCGCCGCACCUGGGGGCUCUUGCUCCCCGUCCCUGGCCCUGACGUUUCUGACCACCUGCUACCGGCUCCUCGGCCGCCUGCAGAGAGGGAAGAGCGGCCGCUCCGUGCUCAAGGUCAUGUACGCCAGCGAGCUCUGCCUGCUGGCGGAGCUGCCCGCCCUGGCCACCGACCCCCCGGCCUUCCAGGCGGCCGUGAGCUUCUUGGCACUCUUCUUCUCGGCCCCAGAGCUCCACCCCGAGGGGGAGUCUGUCUUCACUGCCGUGUUUCAGUCUCUGAGAAGGGUUCUCGCAGACCCCGCCGUUCCGCCUCCAGCACUUCAGGCCAUCGAGCCUCACCUGGGAGCCCUGCUCGCCCACCUGCUGGCGGCCGGGACCACCCAGGACUUCCGGGCGAUGCUGCAGUGCGUGCUCCGGGGGCUGGACCUCAGGAACGCGUGGAGCGCAGACCAGCCGGCCAUUUUGUCGGCUGUUACGUUGAUCAAGUUGCUGCUGAGCUGCCCGGUCAGCGAGGAGCAGGCGAGUCUGUUCUGGCGGACGAGCCCCCAGAUCCUCACGGCUCUGACGCUGCAAAACCGAGAGGCGUGUCAGGAGCAGCCCGCGGCCUUGGCGGUGGUCGAGCCCAUCCUGGACGUCCUGGCCGCCCUGCUGCGCCGGGGGGAGGAGGCCAUCCGCAACCCGCACCACGUCAGCCUGGCCUUCAGCAUCCUGCUGGCCGUGCCCCUGGACCACCUGAAGCCGCCGGAGUUCGGGCGCGUCUUCCCGCGGGUGCACAGCGUGCUCUUCACCAUCCUCCAGUGUCACCCCAAGGUGAUGCUGAAAGCCGUCCCCUCCUUCCUGAACUGCUUCCACCGGUUGGUGUUUUCGGUGAUGCAUGAAGGACGGCAAAAGGAUAAAGGCGGCGCGGAGGACCUGGCGGGGGUGCUGGCGUGCGCCCGCCUGGUGGAGAGGAUGUACAGCCACAUCGCCGCCCGGGCCGAAGACUUCACCGUGUUCUCCCCCUUCAUGGUGGCCCAGUACGUGACGGAGGUGCAGAAGGUCACCUUGUACCCGGCCGUGAAAGGCCACCUGCAGGAGGGCAUCUACCUCAUCCUGGACCUCUGCAUCGAGCCCGACGUGCAGUUCCUGCGCGCCUCGCUGCCGCCGGGAGUGCGGGACGUCUUCAAGGAGCUGCACAACGACUACGUCAAGUACCACCGGGCGAAGCACGAGGGCGAGAGGCGGUACGCCGUCUAAGGACACGCGGGGAGAGGCGGUAGCAGGAAGACCUGGCGAAUGAAAGGCUUCAGAUGUUCAGUGGGAAAUACGUGGAUUAUUUAAUAUGUGUGUUGUAUUUGACAGCCAUGUUUUUCACACAUACCUUUUCAUGCAGUAAGUACUGCAAUAGCGUCCCGAAAACACACCUUAGAAGGAGGUGGACUCAGUGAACAAUUGCCCAGCCCCUCAUCGUCAUUCCAGGUGUGGUUCUUGCCUCGGUCCCUUCUCCCCACCAAGAACUGUGUAGAACUUGUAAUUAAAGUCCUAUUAAAAUAUCUCUGCCUCU